AGGAAGUGAGGCCGGUGUGGCUGCGGGCUGUGGGCGGUGCACAGCUUCAGUCUGGCGGCUGCUCCUCAGUCAGUCAGUCGGUGUAGUGGAGAGCGGACGGAGAGGAGCGGCGCACCGGGACCCCGGAUCCGUGCUACACACACACAGCAGCGAGCCCACAACCGACCAGACCGACCGACCGACCGACCCACCCACCGACCGGCAGGCAGGCAGGAGCGGAGCGGAGCAGCAUGGAGCUGUGAGGGCAGAGGGCCGACCGGGACCCGCUCCCCCCAAAAUCAGCGUUUGGUUCGUCUGUUUACGGCAUCUGCGAGCUUUUCCCCAACAUGGAGACCACCGGCUGCUGGCUGCUACUGGCUGCGCACUUCAUCCUCAUCUGCCACCAAGCUGAAGGAUAUGCUUACAGGAAUCAACGCAAGUUCUCAGAAGACAUCGACUGGUCGUACGCAGGAACAUUAAACCAAAACAACUGGGCCAAGAAGUUUCCAUCCUGCAGCAACGCCAAGCAGUCUCCCAUCAACAUCGAGGAGAACCUGGCCCAGGUGAAGCUGCAGUACCAGAAGUUGCAGUUUGGCGGCUGGGAGAGUCUGACAACCGACAGGACGACCAUCAAGAAUGACGGCAAGACAGUGGCGGUGGAUGUGGAUGGAGAGUUUUAUGUCAGUGGAGGAGGCCUCAGGUCAGAGUUCAAGGUCGGUCGUAUCACCUUCCACUGGGGGCGCUGCAACGCCUCUUCAGACGGUUCCGAACACAGUCUGGAUGGAGUCAAAUACCCUCUGGAGAUGCAGAUCUACUGUUAUGAGGCACAACACUACGACUCUUUAGACGAAACCAUCAAGGCCGGAGGCAGAAUCACAGCACUCACUGUGCUGUUUGAGACGGCCGUGGAUGACAAUGUGAACUACGCGGCCAUCAUAGACAGCAUCACCAGUGUUAGCAGAUACGGGAAGAGUGCUGAGGUUUUGCCCUUCGCCCUCCGCGGUCUCCUGCCAAACUCCACGGAGAAAUACUUCAUCUACAACGGCUCUCUGACCACGCCGCCCUGCAGCGAGAUCGUCGAGUGGAUCGUCUUCAAGAACACGGUGGCCAUCUCUGAUGAACAGCUGGAGAUGUUCUGCGAGGUGAUGACGAUGCAGCAGGCCGGGUACGUGAUGCUGAUGGACUACCUGCAGAACAACUACCGGGAGCAGCAGCAGCAGUUCAUGGGACAGGUCUUCUCCUCCUACACCGGCACCGAGGAGGUCCUCACACCAGUCUGCAGUUCGGAGCCGGAGAACAUCCAGGCGUCGCCCCACAACCUCAGCAGCCUGCUGGUGACGUGGGAGCGGCCACGGGCGGUGUACGACGCCAGCAUCGAGAAAUACUCCGUCAGCUACCGACCGGCCAACGCGGAAAACUCUGUCCCCUCCGAGUACCUGACUGAUGGAGACCAGGAUGUGGGGGCGAUACUUGACGAUCUGUUAGCCAACACUACCUACGUGGUCCAGGUGGUGGCGGUUUGCACCAACGGUCUGUACGGACGUGUGAGCGACCUGCUGACGGUCGUCAUGCCCGUCGACGACCCCGAAAAUGCACUGGAUCCAGAUUCAGAUGAAUUUGACGACGAGGGCAACUAUGAACCCGAUCUGUCCUGGAAUGAACCUGUCCACACCGAGGAUUAUGAUCUGGCCUGGAUUCCUACAAACUCGCCCCGAACCACGACUCCUGAAUCACCAUUUUUACCUCUACCUGGCACCGGAACCACAACAGGGGAGUCGGUUCAGAGAAGAACCAGCACCGAUCCGGUUCCCGCCGUCGCAUCCACUCAGUCUGGUCGAGUCCUGAGCCAUUCGGAAGAGACAGAACGCCGCAGUACCUCUGCACAGCCACAAGGGGUCACCCUGCCACCAGGAACCAGGGGAGAAGCUGACUUCAGUGGCAACGCUCCCUUUUACUCCGGAGCAACAUCAACAACUAAGGAAUUCUCUAUUUCUGCUCCGACUACUCCUUCAUACUCCCAUACAAAGACAGAUGGUGUUCCUGGAGGCAUCAGUCCCAAGGGUGGUGUUAGUACCACUAUUCCUACAUUCACCAGUGCAAAGACAAAAGGUGGUAAAGGUAUUUCUUCAUACAGCCCCACCACUACCACGUUGAGGUCUCGUAGCAGUGGCACGAGCAGCACAACAACAUCAUCGCCCUUCGUCCGGGCUGAGACCGACCGAACCCUGGCACGUCCCAUAUACGAAGAUACCACCCCUGAACGUGGAGGUCCUCCAGAGGUCCAAACUUCGACCUCCCAACCUUCCUCCUCGAGUGAAGCCGUUCCACGUAGUCCCACAGGUCCCAGCAUGCCUAAUUUUUCGCCUGCCACGAGCUCUGUCCGGUUGAGUGCCGUUCUCUUGCAGACCACAAAGCCGGUGUCCAAUGGUGAGCGCCCCUCUGUCCUCCCCUCCUCUUCCUCCUCCUCCUCCGCCUCCUCCGCCUCCUCCCCUCUGUGUGACACCACAGACCCCGACACCGCCCCCUCCACCUGCCUGCAUGACCCUACUUCCUCGUCUUGGCCUGUGUUGUCUGCCUCUGCAUUGGACUACCAGCAUGCCGCUACCGCACCACUGUCUAGCAAAGACCCAGCUUCUCCUUCAACCCCAACGCUCACCGCCUCCACCCUGCCCCACCUCCCUCACCCCUCGCACCCCCUGUCUAGUUGGGAGACUGACCCCGUUUUCCCCGGUGUUGGGUUCGAUGAUAAUGAUAUCGAUGGUGAUUUGUCGUCUGGGUCUUCGUCGGUUUCUUCAGGUGACCCCCUAGUGUUUAGUGAUACCCCCCCUCUCCCAACAAUGCCAGAUCUGUCUGGCGCCGCCGCUGCCGAGCUGUCCGAAUCCUCCAGGGAGAUGUCGCUCUCGACAGUCUCUCCGUCUCUCAGCCCCACCCUCCAGCCGUCAGUUGUCCUUUCUAGUGACUUCACCCUUUCUGGUGCAACACCGGGCCUAUCCCGCUCUUUCUCAGCUGGGUUUGUGGACUCAAGGGACGCCACGGGGAGCACAAUGGAGUUUUUUCUCACCGAGGUCAGCGGUGAUGGGUUUCCGUUAGCUAGCAAUUUAGACACCAUAUGUGGCUGUUCCCUGGAGCCGUCGGCAUAUACAUCCUGGUUGCAUGCCUCUCCUCAUAUGCCCCUGCUGUCCUCAGCCUGGGACUCCGCUAGCUUAGAGCUUUACUCUAGUGCUGGCUUCCUUUCGGCCUCUGGUGUUGGUGUAGACGACCUUCGCUCCCUAUCUGUGGCGGGUUCUGAUGGUCUGUCCUUAGACCAGCCUCUGCUGUCCCAUAGCGCUCUCUCUCCCUCAUCGUCCUCUCUACGCUCCGACCUUCUCCGAGCCACCCAUAGUGACCCGCCCAUUUCUGUUGCAGCCACAGCAUCCGGCGUCAGGGAUCCCUGGUUCUCAGUGUCAGAUGGGAAUCCCGCCCUCCACACCUCUGCCCUCCCUUCCUCACCCACAGCCUCCCCCUUCACCCCCACCCCAGAGGGACAGGUGUUAGACACUAGCAGCAGUGCCUCUGGCUCGGCCCUGUACCCUGACUCCCAGGAGGGUGUAGAUCAGGAGUGGGACAGGGGUCAAACCUCGGCCUCGGGGGAGAGCGCACUCCCUUAUUCGACCAAAGUCACUAACGCUGUUCCUCCAUCUACAACCUCGGAGUCCGCCCAGACCCCAGAUGAUUUGGAAGAACGCUCCUCAGCGUUCUAUUUUGAAAGCGAGAGCGGCAGUGCCAUCACCUCAGAGGUGGAAAGCACUGCAGCUCCAGCCAGUCCCGCGGUAACCUCGGCUUUGCCCUGGUCACUGGGUGGGGAGGAGGAGAGCGGCUCAGGGCAGAGCGAAAGCCUGUACGACAACGAGACGUCCUCCGACUUCAGUAUCUCCGAGCGCACGGAAAGAGAGUCGGAGGAAGAGGAACCAGUUGCAGACGCCAGUAACAGCAGCCAUGAGUCCAGGGUCGGUUCGAUCAGGGAGAGGGAGAGGAAGGCCGUGGUGCCUCUGGCCGUCAUCUCCACCCUCACCGUCGUCGGCCUCAUCGUCCUCAUCAGUAUCCUCAUCUACUGGAGGGCUUGUUUUCAGACGGCUCACUUCUACAUCGACGACAGCUCAUCGCCCAGAGUCAUCGCUGCACCGUCCACAGCCGCGUUAACGUCUGACGACCAGACGGCUUUCCCAGUGAGGGACUUUGUCAAGCACGUCGCUGAGCUUCACGACACCCAGGGCUUCCAACGAGAGUUUGAGAUACUGAAGGAGAGCUACGAGGAGGUGCAGGCGUGCACGGUGGACAUGGGGAUGACCACCGACAGCUCCAACCAUCCUGACAACAAGACUAAAAACAGAUACAGCAACAUCCUGGCCUACGACCACAGCCGGGUGCGGCUCUCGUCGCAGGCUGACAAAGACGGAAGGACGGGAGAUUACAUCAACGCAAACUACGUGGAUGGUUUUAAAGAGACCAGGUCGUACAUCGCCGCCCAGGGCCCUCUGAGGUCGAGCACCGAGGACUUCUGGAGGAUGAUUUGGGAGCAAAACGUCAGCGUCAUCGUCAUGAUCACGAACCUGGUGGAGAAAGGACGAAGGAAGUGUGACCAGUACUGGCCCACGGACGUGCAGGAGGAGUACGGCAGCUUCCUGGUGACGGCGAAGAGCAGCAGGGUCCUGGCCUACUACACCCAGAGGACCUUCGCCGUCAGGAACACCCACGCCAAAAAGGGCUCCCAGAAGGGACGGAGGGACGAGCGGACGGUGACGCAGUACCAUUACACCCAGUGGCCCGACAUGGGCGUCCCGGAGUUCGCCCUGCCGCUGCUCAGCUUCGUCCGCAAGUCGUCCAGAACCAGGACGGACGACGUGGGGCCGGUGGUGGUGCACUGCAGUGCCGGCGUGGGCCGGACGGGAACCUACAUCGUCCUGGACAGCAUGCUGAAGCAAAUGAGAGACGACGGCGCCGUCAACGUCACGGGCUUCCUCAAACACAUCCGCACACAGAGGAACUACCUGGUCCAGACAGAGGAACAGUACGUUUUUAUCCACGACGCCUUGGUGGAAGCCGUCCUGUCCGGGGAGACGGAGGUGGCGGCAGCUCACCUGCACAGGUACGUGGACGAGCUGCUGAACCCGGGGCCCGCCGGGAGGACGCGCCUGGACAAACAGUUCAAGCUGGUUUGUCACGCCGGAGUGAAGCAGUGUGACUACUCUGCAGCUCUGCAGGACUGCAACCGCAGCAAGAACAGAAGCUGCUCCGUGGUACCCGUUGAGAGGUCACGGGUGCGUCUGUCUACGUCGGCGGGGGAAACGUCGGACUACAUAAAUGCGUCGUACAUCACAGGUUACAGGCAGAACAGCGAGUUCAUCAUUACCCAGAAUCCUCUGCCUGGCACCAUAAAGGACUUCUGGAGGAUGAUAUGGGACCACAACGCCCAGGUCAUCUUGUCGCUGCCGGGGACACCAGCUAGUGGGAUGGAGGAGGAAGAGGCGGAGUUGUGCGUCUUCUGGCCCCGCAAGGGGCAGCCAAUCAGCUACGAGAUGUUCACUGUCACUCAGAGGAGCGAGGAUCACGUCUGUCUGGCCAACGAGGACAUGCUGGUGGUCCAGGAGUACGUACUGGAAGCUACACAGGACGACUACGUUCUGGAGGUGAAGCACUACCGCGCCCCCCGCUGGCCAAACCCGGACAGUCCGAUAAGCAACACCUUCGAACUGCUCAACCUGAUGAAAGAGGAGAGCAACGCCAAGGACGGCCCUACUGUGGUCCACGAUGAUGUGGGUGGAGUCACGGCAGGAACCUUCUGCGCUCUAUUGUCUCUGACUCGACAGCUGGAGGCCGAAGGCUCAGUUGACGUCUUCCAAGUGGCCAAACUGACAAACCUCAUGAGACCAGGAAUCUUCAGCAACAUCGAGCAGUACCAGUUCCUGUACAAAGCCAUGCUGAGUCUCAUCGGGACGCAAGAAGACGAGAAAACACUCCAGUCCUCCGACAACAACGGUACCAUCGUCGUGGGAACUGCCAGCACCGCAGAGAGCCUUGAAUCCCUGGUGUAACUGCCCAAAAAAAAAAAAAAAAACCAC